CCGCCCCGGCCCGCUCCGAGGAAAAACUGCAGAGACAAUCUAAUGGAUGAAGAUGAGAAAGACAGAGCAAAGAGAGCUUCCCGAAACAAGUCUGAGAAGAAGCGUCGGGACCAGUUCAAUGUCCUCAUCAAAGAGCUCAGCUCCAUGCUGCCUGGCAACACGCGGAAGAUGGACAAGACCACCGUGCUGGAGAAGGUCAUUGGGUUCUUGCAGAAACACAAUGAAGUCUCAGCGCAAACAGAAAUCUGUGACAUUCAGCCGGACUGGAAGCCUUCAUUCCUCAGUAAUGAAGAAUUCACCCAGCUGAUGUUGGAGGCCUUGGAUGGCUUCAUCAUCGCCGUGACGACGGAUGGCAGCAUCCUCUAUGUUUCUGACAGCAUCACACCUCUCCUCGGGCACUUACCGUCGGAUGUCAUGGAUCAGAAUUUGUUAAAUUUCCUUCCAGAGCAAGAACACUCGGAAGUCUAUAAAAUGCUCUCUUCCCAUAUGCUUAUGACGGACGCCCCUUCCCCAGAAUACUUAAAAGCUGACAACGAUUUAGAGUUUUAUUGCCAUCUUCUCAGAGGCAGCUUGAACCCAAAGGAAUUUCCAACUUAUGAAUACAUAAAAUUUGUAGGAAAUUUUCGCUCUUACAACAAUGUGCCCAGCCCCUCUUGUAAUGGCUUUGAUGGCGCCCUUUCAAGGCCCUGCCGAGUGCCCUUGGGGAAGGAGGUCUGCUUCAUCGCCACCGUUCGCCUGGCCACACCACAGUUCUUAAAGGAAAUGUGCAUCGUUGACGAACCUUUAGAGGAAUUCACUUCAAGGCAUAGCUUGGAAUGGAAAUUUUUAUUUCUGGAUCACAGAGCCCCUCCUAUCAUAGGGUACCUGCCUUUUGAAGUCCUGGGAACCUCGGGCUAUGACUACUACCACGUGGAUGACCUGGAGCUCCUAGCUAGGUGCCACCAGCACCUGAUGCAGUUUGGCAAAGGGAAGUCGUGCUGCUACAGGUUUCUGACCAAAGGCCAGCAGUGGAUUUGGCUCCAGACCCACUACUACAUCACCUACCACCAGUGGAACUCCAAGCCCGAGUUCAUCGUGUGCACACACUCGGUGGUCAGUUACGCCGAGGUCCGGGUGGAGAGGAGGCAGGAAUUGGCGCUGGAGGACCCGCUGCUGGAGACCGUCCACCCUUCAGCACUGAAGGACAAGGGCUCCAGCCUGGAACCUCAGCAGCACUUUAAUGCACUUGACAUGGGCACCUCAGGCCUUAACACCAGUCACUCACCAUCGGCCUCCUCAAGAAGUUCCCACAAAUCCUCGCGCACAGCCAUGUCAGAGCCCACCUCCACUCCAAGCAAGCUGAGGGCAGAGGCUAGCACCCCGGCUUUGCCCAGAUCGGCCCAAGAGCUCCCAGUGCCAGGACUCAGCCAGGCAGCCACGAUGCCGGCCCCCCUGCCAGCCCCGGCGUCCUGUGACCUCACACAGCAGCUCCUGCCUCAGACCAUCUUGCAGAGCCCACCUGCCCCCGUGUCACAGUUUUCAGCACAGCUCAGCAUGUUCCAGACCAUCAAAGACCAGCUGGAGCAGCGGACACGCAUCCUGCAAGCCAACAUCCGGUGGCAGCAGGAAGAACUCCACAAGAUCCAGGAGCAGCUCUGCCUGGUCCAGGACUCCAACGUCCAGAUGUUUCUGCAGCCGUCAGAUGGAUCCCUGAGCUUCAGCAGUGCCCAGCGGCCGGAGACUCAGCAGCAGCUCCAGCAGAGGGCCGGCCCAGGUCCCCAGCUUGUGGCCAGCCCACAGCUUCCGGGUCAGAUAGCCUCUGCCCAGGUCACAAACCAGCACCUGCUAAGAGAAUCGAGUGUGAUAUCGACCCAGGGUCCAAAGCCAUUGAGAAGCUCACAGAUGAUUCAGGGGAGCAGCCUGACACCCCAGUUUAGCAGCACCACCACUGCGCUCCCAUUGGCUCUGAGCCUGACCACGCCAGCUUCCGCCUCCCAGGAGGCCCCCCAGGGCCAACCCAGCCCGGACUUCAGCCAUGACCGGCAGCUCAGGCUACUGCUGAGCCAGCCCAUCCAGCCCAUGAUGCCCGGAUCCUGUGACGCGAGGCAGCCCUCAGAGGUCAGGAGGACUGGACGGCAAGUCAAGUAUCCGCAGAGCCAGGCCGUGUUUCAGAACCCGGAUGUGCACACCACCAGCAGCAACGCCACCACCCCUGUCCUGCUGAUGGGGCUGCAGCCCAGCUUCCCCACCUCUCAGCCAUCACCCCUGAAGCCUGCACAGGCCCAGCCGCAGCCUCCGCACUUUCUUCAGGUGCAGGUGCCAACCUCUCUGCACAGUGAGCAGCAGGACUCCCUCCUUCUCUCCACCUACUCGCAACAGCCAGGGACCCUGGGCUACCCAACGCCGGGGCCCGCGCGCCCGGCCCGAAGGGUCAGCAGCCUGUCUGAGUCCUCAGGCCUCCAGCAGCCGCCUCGGUAGUGGCUGGGCACCUUGGUUGGGUCACAUCAGCUUUAACCAAUGGAUGGAUGAGGGGGCGGGUAGCCAAGGAGUUGGGGAGAAGAGUUUAAAGGACACCCCAACUUCCGUGCACGCCGCAUCCAUUUCCGAGCUCCUGGGUGGUGACCAUGUCCGAGAGCGGUGGCCAGCGUGGACAUGAGUGAGCAGGGAAGCUGGCCCUGUUUCCCCUUUCCCUGUGCUUCACAGCCACAGUCUGCAACCAUACCCAGACGGACCGACCGCGGUCCCCAGCGGAGUGCAUCAGUGCAUCACUCUGUUCAGCUUAGACAGGGAGCGUCUCUGCUGGAUCGCCCCUCCCCCCAGCGUGGACCAGUCUGCGCCACGUGCCCAUGUGCUCAUUGGCCUUCACUCUCCUGACCCUCUUUCCUCGGAGAAGCACCCGGUCAGCGAUGUCUUGAAAGGAAAGAAGAGAUGAUUUUUUUUUUCUCAUUAUUUUUAGAUGAUCGUUUCUGUCUUAAUUUGCACAGCUGCACAAGGAGAUAACUUAGGCACUUUCCUUUUUUUUUUUUUUUUAAAUCAAGUCUCCUGACUUCACGGGGAGACCCCAGUAACAAAAACAGCCCACCAAUCAGAAAGCAAAGCUGGGCAUUAUUAACCAGACUGCAGCCCCUCACCUCCCACCCUCCCACCUAAACCCUAAUGGAAUGAGACUCUUCUCCCCACACCGUUCUGGUGAUCGGCUUUUUUUUUUUUUCCUUAUCCUGAAUGUAACACUGGACUGUUUUCUGUUGACUUCCCGGUGAUUGUGACUACAAAGGUGGACUCAAGGCAGAGUACAAUUCUGCAGGUGACGUUUUGGGAUUUCGACAGGACUCGAGGACUGUGAAAGGGAAGGUUUUACAGGCCAGGCAGGACCCCAGGAAAGCCCCCUCCCCCCAUGCUGGCCCUCAGUGCGAGGGUGCCGCAGCUUUCUACACAUCUUUCCUGACCGAGACCCAGGAGUGGAUUUUCCUUUUCAAAAAUGCACUUUGCUUUUUUUGUAUGUUUUGUUGAGAUGUUUCUAAAGAGAAGAUUUUAUGUAAUUAUAAGACGAAGUGUAGUGAAUUGUACAGCCGUUGUAAUAAGGACCUAUUUCUAUAUAAAAUACAAUUGUAUGGAUUCUGUGUAAAUUAUUUUGUAUCUGAGACACCAGUUCCUUUCCCAAAAUAUAAAAGGAUAAAAGUUUUCUUGUGUAUUUCUGUGAGUGGACAUUUUGUAAUAAAUUAACAAAUUUGUAUAAUUUC